UUCAGCAAAUGGGCUUUGGCCCAGCAGUAACCUAAUAAUACGACGCGGCGUUUAUUUUAUACGAAGAGGCGUUCCAGCACCGUCUCCAGGUGGAAGAAGCAUUUUCAACUUCGCUCGGCUGCAAGCGGUGAGGAGUGAAAAAAACCGAGCAAAAAAUGGAGACUCGAUGCAAGUUUUGGCUUCCGAAAAAGAAGAGAUUUUGUGCCAAUGUCCCCCUCAACGACUCUCUGUUUUGUGGGAACCACACAGCGAGGUCGGACGGCGAGUGGAUUCCAUGCCCAAUUGACCCUUCUCACUCUGUACUUAGCGAAAAUCUCGAAGGACAUGUGAGGAGGUGCCCUUUACUCAAACAAGUGGAGUCUUUGACCAACCAACCCUUUUACCAAAAGGGUAUCAAUGCUGGCAAAGAAGACGACCACGAUGAAAUAGAAUCGUUGGGAGUCGACGGGCCCGGAGAUUUGGCAUCGUCUAAUGAGCCCGAGUUGGGGGCUUUGGACAUAGUUUCGGAGAUGAAGAGGAAUGCUGUUUAUAGUAUGACUGUGCCUAACUUUUACAAAUUAGUUGAAAAAAUUGAGUCUGUUCAUGAAUCUUUGUGUAAGGAUAUUCGGGACUCGUAUAAGGUGACAGAAGCUUGUGGGAUGUGGAUUAAACGAGAGGUAGACAGAAAAAUUCCGUUUCAAGAGAAACAUGUUAUGCAGCAGGUGUCAAUUCUUGGGAACUUGGAAGAUUUUGGGGUAUUGAAGAAUUCGGAAGGAGGAGAGAGGGCUGACUCUGGUGAUGGCAAUGGUGUUCCUGCGGUGGUUGAGUUUGGAGCGGGGAGAGGAUACUUGACACAAAUGCUGGCAGAUUGUUAUGGGAUUAAAAAGGUUUUUCUGGUUGAGAGGAAAUCGUACAAGUUAAAGGCUGAUCGAUCCCUGCGUCAGAAGGAGAGAUUGAUUUUGCAGCGUUUGAGAAUUGACAUUGAGGAUUUAAACUUGAAUGCUGUUGAGUCAUUGCGGGGAGGUCAGUACCUGGCUAUUGGGAAACAUCUUUGUGGGCCUGCAACAGAUUUAACUCUGAGAUGUUGCCUUGGGGAACACUUGCAAAGCAAUAUCGAAUGGCGCAGUGUUAACCCAAACCUGAGAGGUUUGGCUAUAGCAACAUGUUGUCAUCAUCUUUGCCAGUGGAAGCACUACAUAAAUAAAAAAUAUUUAUUAGAGUUGGGUAUCACCAAAGAGGUAUUCCAUGCAAUUACAUGGUUUACUAGUUGGGCAGUAGAUGCUGAUCACGGUGCUAAUCUUCCCGAUGUUACUGAUUGCAGACCGCAUUUAGAAUCCAUUGAAAGGAAGCAAUGUGGCAUAGACGAUGGAGUUGAAGACUGUGUGCGAAGUAUGAAGGCAGUUGAAAGGGCUGUGUUAGGUUUUAUGUGCAAGCAGAUUAUAGACAUGGGUAGGUUAAUGUGGAUGAAGGAACGAGGAUUAGAAGCAGAGUUUGUCAAACACGUUCCGUCUAGCGUUUCUCCUGAAAACCAUCUAUUGAUUGGUAGAUGCACCAACCAUUCUUGAGAUAUAAUUUUCUUCUUGUAUUGAACCCGCAUUCAUAGUUGUUUUUUUAGUUUGGAAAUUCUUGCUGGCUUGGCUGUCAAGUGCAAGAGCGGACUUUUCAUUCA